AUGACGAUAUCGCGGCAAUUAAUUAGUGACUCAAACAAAUCAAACAAACACACAUUUAUAUCAGAUACAGAUAGUUCUGAUGGAUCUGAUAAGGAUGGACUCAGCUGGAUUGACAAUUUCCUUUGCCAACCCGGUUCCGAAUGGUUUUGUCAGAUACCAGAAGCAUAUUUGAACGAUGGAUUCAAUUUAUACGGUCUCGAAUCAAGCGAAUGUCAUGGAAAACUCGCAUAUAAGCAACUAUUAGGAGGGACUGAUUCAAGUGAUUCAUUCGAUUCGGAUAGUGAAGAUGAAAUCGAGAAGGAAACUGAACAUCUUUAUGGUUUAAUUCAUGCCCGAUUUAUUUUCUCUGAAGAAGGCCUUUUUCAGAUGAUCAAAAAAUUCAGAGAAGGCGUUUUCGGAUUAUGCCCUCGACUUUCUUGCAAUGGAACUCAUCUUCUUCCAAUAGGACUUAAUGAUAAGCCAAAUAAAUCAAACGUUAAAUUAUAUUGCUUCAAAUGUCAACAACUUUAUAAUCCUGAUGCCGUUCAUGAGAUGAUUGAUGGAGCAUACUUUACUCGUAGCUUUCCGCAAUAUCUUUUAAUGGAGCUAUCAUUGCUCGAAAAGGAUUCAAAUGAAAAUAGUCUAUUAACAAGCGAAUCAAUGUCAACAACAAGAAACGGAUUUAAGUAG